AUGAACCCAGAAAACCCACUUAAUCUCCAACGGGAAGGAGUACCAGGAGAAUGGGAUGUCGAAGACAAGCUUUUCGAGAUUCUCACCACCUAUCUUCCACCAGUUUCGGACAUGACAGCAGGCCAAGCAGCAGAACAAAUCAACCGCCUUUUUCCAGCCAAUCGCCCCGAAGGAUCCGAUAAAGAAAGCCCCGAGAGUUUUCUCUUUGAGUUCUGGGACUUGAUGAUCAAAGUCGCCUGUCAGCUCGACCAUGAGGAGAUUCCUAUGCAGCGCUUUGUCAACCUUCUCAAAGCCCUUCGCCAACUUCCAGCCAAUGUUGUGCUGGGAGACGGCACUCCUGCUUGGCGAGAUCUGCCUCACUUCUCCAUGUAUCUGUCUGAAGAAUGGAACAGUUUCAACCCCCGCGAAUCCGGACCGGACGAUGAACGGUUAUGCCGCUGGAUCAACUUGAAUGGACUCAUGAUUUAUCUAGACAAUGGGGAGCUCCUCGAUGGUCUAUCCCGUGCUCUGGUCACCAUCUCGCUGUGUUUGGAAAGUGAUGAGGGGAAAGCUCAAGCUUCCGUCAUGAGCCUGGUCCCUGCUGCCGCGAAAUGGUUUAAGUUAUGCGGUUCCAAGAUCUACAAAGCCAGUCAAGCAGGGGAAUGCCGUGAUAGUGAAGUCCGCGGGCAGCUCUGGAAAGGAGAUCCAGGUUAUUGCAUGCCACGAUGGGAAUUCUGGAGGACGAGACUUGCACAACUCGCUGAAUACCCAGAAUCAGAACAGAUAACGAAAGAAAUGUGUCUGACUGCUCUCUCCGUAAUGGAUCAAGCUGCUGGGCAUUGA